AUGUCUAGCAAUAAUGCCAAUCGAAGGGUGGGUAGAGGUAGGCAAAGGAUUCCCCUAUCUAGAAUUGAAAGUGACACUAGUCGUAGUGUUGCCUUCUCGAAACGCCGCAAUGGUCUUAUCAAGAAGGCCAAUGAGAUAUCCACACUAUGUGGGGUGGAGAUUUUGUUGGUGAUUUUUUCGCCUUCUGGCAAGGCUUAUACUUUCAGCAACCCUGGUAUGGAUGCGAUCUUAACCAAAUAUUUUGGUGCUAAUCCUACAGCACAACCCUACCCUGCCGAGCAAGUUCCUGCCGAACAAAACUUGCGUGCUCACCGUGAAGCCUUGAUGCAAAUCAUGUCUUCCCAAAUUAAUUACCUGGAAAUGCAGAUUGAAGAAGAAAUAAAAGUAAAUAAAGUUUUGCGUGAGGCCGAAAAGGUUAAUCCUCCUAUUUCUGAACUUCCAUUAUCAGAGCUACCAUCCAUGAAACACAAAAUGGAAAUGCUUCGAGAUCUUGUUCUGCAAAAACUAUUGCAAGUUCCUGGUCAAGCUCAUCUUGAUACAAGCAGCUUAUUCGGCUAUUCACAAUUUGGAGCGAAUGACAAUGUUGGCCCAAGUGGUGGUGCUAGUGCCCAAUAA